AUGAAUAAUGAAGUACUAGCAAAAGAUACUUGGAAUCAUGGCAAGAGGAAGAAUGAAAGGGCACAGAAGAGGAAACAAGAGAAUAUGAACAAGAAGGUGGAGCAUAAAGAAGUGAUCAAUGGUUGGGAGAUAGUAAAGGAUAAAAGAAUCAAUAAUUCUCAGGCCGAUGAUGUUGGUAAGGAUGUGCAAAUUAAUAAUUCUUUUGCAGUCCUUGAUGAAAAAAAUGAGAAGGAAAUCAACUUGGAGGAAAUGGAGAAACAAGACAAAGAAAACUCUGAAGCAGAAAAAGAAUCAACAAAACCUUGGGUAGAAAAAUCUUUUGGUAAGCAAGCCAAAAGUAGUGUUCCUCCUGAAGAUCAAGUGGAACUGUCAGAAAGUAUGCAGCAAAAUCAGAAUGAGGUUCUAAUAGUUGAUAAAGAUGGAAGUAGUGGAUCAAAGAUCAAUAAGGGAGGAGACAAUACUGAGCAACUAAAACAUCAGGUCAUCAAUAAUACUACAAUCAAGAUUAAUAUAGAAGUAGUAGAGACAGAUAGAAAGCUUGCAGAAUCAGUAGAGGGGCAAGAGGCAAAUGAGCAAAGUACUAGCACAAGCCAGGAAGCAGUGGUGGAAAAGGUCCCAAAGACUCUAAGAAGUAAUCCCCCUCAGGAAAUAAAAGAUCAGGAGCUUAAGGAAGAUUUGCUCAAUGUUCAAAUUGAUCAGGUGUCAAGAGCAGCAGAUCUCUUUCCUAGACAGACAAGGAAAAUGAGAAACUCAAAAGUAAAAGGAGGAAAGAAAGAAGUUGUUCCCCCUGUCAAACUAUUAUCAAAGAGAUUAGUUAAUACUCAGAAAUCCUUUGAGAGAUUAACUAAUCUGGAUAGAAGAAACAGAUACAAUAUUAUUGGUCUGAUGGAACCUUUUGAAGAUGCUGAACAAGUAGAAAGAUUUAGAAGGAAAAUAGGUAUGGAAACAACUUUUGUCAAUAUCUCAGGUAAAAUCUGGUUAUUACUCUCAGAGGAUGUAAAGGGUUCAGUGGAGAUAGACAAUGAACACCAGAUUACUUUGAAGUUGUUUCACCAAAGUUUAAACUGUAAUAUAGUCUUAACAGCGGUGUAUGCCAAUUUUGAUGUUGGAGAAAGAAGAAUGCUUUGGGAUUCCAUUAGCCAUGUUUCUAAUGUUUUUUAUUUACCUUGGCUAGUGGGAGGUGACUUCAAUGUCAUAGCUACAAAAGAGGAAAAGUUAGGAGGUCUACCAGUCUUGUAUAAUAAAGUAGCAAAUUUCAAUCAUUGUCUCAGCAGUUGUGGUUUACAGGAUCUUGGAUAUGUAGGUAGCACAUAUACAUGGUGGAAUGGAAGAGUUGAAGAAGCAUGCAUUUUUAAAAGAUUGGACAGGAUGGUUUGUAAUGAUAAAUUGCUAGAUGUAAUGCCCACCAUGAAGGUAACUCAUCUGACAAAAAAGGGUUCUGAUCAUUCUCCUUUGGAACUAGAGUUCUCCACAACUACUGAGGUGAUCAUAAAGCCUUUUAAGUUCUUGAAUUUUUGGGUCCAACAUGAGAGUUUCCAGGAGGUUAUCAAGCAACACUGGUGUAUAGAUUUUGAAGGAAAUCCAUUUACCAAGUUUCAUCACAAGCUCAAAAAGGUGAAGAAUGCAUUAAGAAAUUGGAGUAAGAACACAUAUGGAAAUAUUUUUCAGCAAAUUGCAUCACUGGAAGAGGUAAUCAAAGUCCAUGAGGAGCAAUUUGAAUCAUCUCCAACAAGAAAUAAGCUCGGAGUGGAUAAUAUCCAAGAUGCUGAUGGAAAUUGGCUAACCAAUCAAGAGGAGACCUCACAAGAAGCAGUCAGAUGUUAUCAGAAGCAGUUUGAAGAAGAUAGAAUUCCUUCUAAGUUUGGUUUACUAAAGCAUAUCCCUACCCUAGUCACAGAAGAUCAGAAUCAUACCAUGGAGAUGCUACCAAAUGAAGAAGAAGUCAAAGAAGCUGUUUUUGCCUUGAAUGGAGAAAGUGCUUGUGGUCCUGAUGGAUUCACAGGAUUGUUCUUUCAAUCAUGUUGGGAGAUAGUCAAACUAGAUGUGGUGGAUAUGGUGAAGGCAUUCUUUGUUGGGAAAGAAUUACCAAGAUUUAUCACUCAUACAAAUCUGAUUCUUAUCCCUAAGAAAGAGCAAGUGCAAAGUUUCUCAGAUCUAAGACCAAUCAGUCUCUGCAAUUUUACAAACAAGAUCAUCUCAAGAGUACUGCAUGAAAGAUCAGUAAAACUGCUGCCAGGUUUGAUUUCUGGGAAUUAA